AUGUCUUUGGCACCAUCGACGCCUGGCAAGGCACGACUAUCUCGCAAGUCUCAAGUUGUAUCUUCUGGUCUUGGCCACCAUUUUGUGAGCCUGUAUCAACCUCGUAACAGGAAGAAGAGUCAAAUAGUGAUCGAAUUGCCUGGUGCAGAGGCCAAAUGGCGCCGCCUUCUUGCUCAGAUGGAACACUUAAUGAAUCCGGAACAUCAUAAGGCAUCACAGUCACCAUCCUCACCUGUGAACAGUACAAUGAAGGAAGUGCCUGGUCCCACAGAAAAUAUCCCCACUGACUUGAACUUGAAUGAUACGGAGAUAGAUAUGUUUGGGCCGGAGACAGAACCUGACUUCACUGCCGAACAACUGCCAUCCGGACGUCGCAUUUCGCCUGACAAAUCGACUGAUGCACUAUAUCAUAGCUGGUCAGCCCUCAUCCCAACUCUGGUCAAACCUCAAGUCCAAUAUACUGCGCGGACACAUGGCCAACCCUUGGAACAAAUCAAUGAAGUCAUAUCUGCAUGCGUCACUCUCAAAUGCGCAGGGAAACGGACGACUUUGAUAUGUUUGUUUUUUGACCGAUUCUCGUCCAUUGAUGUAUUUAGCUGCAACUGCUCCUCACUUGCCCAAGUCCUCGUCCACCACGGUCUCUUCCCUACUGCACCGUCCCAGCCUCGUAUGGCAGUUUCCAUCGACUUGCUCUCCUUCUACCGGGCGCUCUUCGAGCGCUCUUGCGACGCGAUUAAUGCACUUGCAUCUGCUCUCAAAACGUAUUAUUCUCGCCGAGGCUUUCAAAUGAUGGACAAAACAGGUGAAUCAAUUCGUGAACCUUUUCGUCGUAGCCUUGGCCAUGCAGUGCAGUGGUUUGAUAUCCUUCAAAUCCAAGUCGAACACCAACUGGAGUCACUUAUCCAACAAUGUCGCUAUCGUAUUACACAGUUCAAAGAGGCAUCGUCAGUCGUCAAUGCAUCUUCGUCUUCUGAUCCACAGCAACAUCUAGAGCAGCCCCCUUCCCCCAUCUUACGCAAAGAACGAUGUCCACCCCUUCUUGUGCAAUGA